UCACCCCGGCCCCUCCCCUUCGCCGACAAUCCGGAGCACGUUUUUCGUCUCCGGUGCAUAAAAAUGCAAUUCUCUUCGCAAGAGAAUGUCGGAGCCUCUUUCAACGUGACACUUUUUCCUCUCCUGUCUCCCCAAUCAAAAUGUUAAACGUCAUGAAAAAUAUUCAUUCGUUUCGUUACACACGAUUUUCAACCUCACAGCCAACUUCCUCGUUUGCAACACAUCCAAUGAAAUUAUAUAUCGUGACAAGAACGUGGAGGUACCCGAAUCAAAUUUUACUCGUGUUUCACUUACGUGCUUCGCGUACGGUUAAUGCCAAGCCGCUUUUUCAUUUCACUGCCUUAUUACAGUUUUAAAAACAAAAUGCAUUAACAGCAUUUACUCAUUAUACGAUCAACUCAUUUUUCCAUAACAAAACCAUCAAAGUACGAUCGUUUCUACUGAAAUCUCGUUUUCUGAUAGCUUUUUGACGUUUUCACUGCAAUUUCAAUGUAUUUCACUGAAAUGAGGAUUUACAUUAUCGUAUGUAGUAAUAAAAUUCAUAACGUCGAUGCUGUCAAUUAGGAAAUAACGAAGUUCAACUCUAUGAAAAGAGUUUUAUUGUUAGAGAACUUGAGAAUGAUUUACGUGCUUCCCCAUGGCAUAACCUGCUUUUCAAUAUUUCCUUCAGUUUCCAUAUAAAGAGUCAUUUUGUUCGAUUGAGGUAAACGUGGGGUAGUAAAAUGAGCCUUUUUUCCAAUUACACGAGGCCAGUUCGUGCGAACAUUUUUCGGUAUGUUUUUCUUCUUUUUCAUGUUUUUUUCUCUUUUUCGUUUUUUUUUGCAACGUUGAUUCCACCGCAAUCGACGAACUCCUCUUAUUCGCCACUUACCCGCUCGAUACAACCGAGGACGCGAGAAUGUGGCGUGUAGUAUCCACGGGAACUCGCAACUAUUCGCAUUUUUCGCUUCGUCAGCGUGAAACUAUGAACGAAAAAGCUCAUCAUUGCUAAUCCACUGUUGCUCACAGCACGAUUCCACCGCUAUUUAAUCGUUGGGCUUUAAUCGCAGUUUUUGCAAAUGUCUCAUUAUAUUCAUGGAUGAAAGUUUCCUCAUCGAACUUUGCAAACGAGCUCAACGUUAUGUCGUAACAUUACUCUCUAGUUACAACACAAUUUGUUUGACUUUUAAAAAUGUUCAAUCAUCUUCACAUUUCUCUCUAUUUUACCCUCACGUUCGUACUCCACGUGCCCUUUGCACAUUAAUUUCCAGCGCUUAUGAUCAUUAAUUCGUAAUCCGUCGUCGUUUUCCAUUUUCCUCCCACGCUCAGUUUUUACGAGAGCUUUUGUUAAACUUCUAAUCGAUUUGUAACAUUUUUUUUUAAACAUUGAACGCGCGAGUCCAGCUCAACGCUGGUGCGUUUUCUUUCGUCGCAAUUAUAAACUAAACUACUGACAAAAAAAAUGUUUUUCUCUUCCCCAGGAAACGUCAGUUUCCGGUUUGAAAAAGUUUUGAUGUCGAAAUGAACGACUUGUAGGAGCUCGCACGUUUGACAAAACGCAGAGUGACAUUGAAAGGUUGACGAGUGUUGGCAAGCUCGCUCGAAAGACAGUUUAGCAAAUGUUCUUGGAUUCGUCAAGCAGCAUUGCGAGUGAUGAAACCGAGCAGACUUCGACACAGCUUCGAGAAAAGUUCGUAGAGGAACUAAGCGAUCUUACUGCUCGCCUCGAACUCGAUGGCCCUCCUAACUGCCCAGUUCGAACAGGCCCAGUGUCCAGUGCACACGAGUACAAAUCGAGCUCGCUCAAACCCUGCCAUUAGUUCGUGCGGUGGACGUGAAAUUGUCGUAGUGCAGUGCGUACAGUGGCCAAUUUCCUUCGAUUUUCGAUAUUCGCUUCACCAACGUAAUUCGAUUAUUCCACGUAUACGGAAGUCUCUGCCAAACCCUGUGGAACGAGUCGAAAAAAAAUCUCCCUUCGUGGAUUUCCCUUUCGAAAAAAUUGACUUUUCUUUCACUGACGUUGCCAAAUGGUCUAAUCGUAAUCGUUGGUUUGAUGGAUCGAACGGAUUUCGUACGGUUUUAUUUUUCUAAAACUUAUUCAUGCGUCUACGAAAGCGUUCUACCGAUUGAAAUAAAUACUGAAAACAAUUGAAAUCAACGGUGCGGACAUUUUGAGAAAUUUCCUCGAAUUUCGCCGCACAAAAGUCCGUGAAGUUCAUUCGAGCAUUUCCCCUUUAUUUAGAGCGAAGCAGCGAGUGCCUUUUCAAUAUAAAAUCCACGUGUAUCACUGGGUAAAAAGAUUCACAUGAGUUUCUAUUGAAAAGAGAACUGUUUCACUUUGGAGGAAUAAAAAAAAAAAAAAAGAGAGAGAGAGAAAACCAGAAGGUGGAGAAAUGAAGAAAAUUUCCAUGCGAAACACAGUGGGCCGUUGGGAAAAUUCGCACAAUGGGAUUACGGUACCGGAAUGAGUGGACAUUAUAUGCGAGUAGGAAGAGAAGUAACGUCAGCAGCGAUGCCGAAGAAGGAGGAAGAAGAAGAGGACAGUGAAAUGAGUGAGAGGAGGAGCGAUUGGAGCAGGCUGUAUCCCGAGUCAAAGGAUCCACGAGGAUGUGCAAGUUGGAAGAUUCCGAAAAUAAGAGUAACAAGGAGUCACGAGGAUGGAGAUUUGCAGUGAGGCAUCGGAAGAGAGUGAGCCGAGUUUAGGAUUGGAUAAGGCUGAAACGAGUUUCCUCGUCAAUGAGUCGUCGAGGGUAGGAUUGUUGGAGGAUUCGUUGGUGACAUUGUCAAAUGUUUUGGGAGUUGAAAAGUUGCGUGGGAUUGAGACGGUUUCGGUGUUGAAUGGAGAGGACUUUCCGAGGCCGCAAUUCGUCGAGGAUUAUAUGAAUGACUUUGACAGCAACGUCACGUGGUUGCUCGUAAAGGCGGUGCUAAUGGUAGGAAUAAUAAUUAGUGCAUUGUUAGGCAACGCACUGGUGAUAGCGAGUGUUCGACGACACCGUAAGCUUCGUGUACCGACGAACCGUUACGUGGUUAGUUUAGCAGCGGCUGAUCUCUUGGUGGCAAUGUGCGCGAUGACUUUCAACGCCUCGGUCGAGCUUUCAGGACGUUGGGUUUUCGGUAGAUUCAUGUGUGACGUUUGGUCCUCCCUCGACGUUUACUUUUCCACAGCAUCCAUAUUGCAUCUGUGUUGCAUAAGCGUCGACCGAUACUACGCGAUAGUGAGGCCGCUCGAGUAUCCGGCAAUAAUGAGACGCGUCGUUGUCACUGGUAUGCUCAGCUGCGCUUGGUUGUUGCCGGCUCUCAUAAGCUUCAUACCGAUCUUUAUGGGAUGGUAUACGACGAGCGCUCAGCUCGAGUAUCUUCGAGACAAUCCUCAGGUAUGCGCCUUCGUGGUAAAUCGUGCUUACGCGAUCGUAAGCUCGUCAGUGUCGUUCUGGAUUCCCGGGAUAGUGAUGAUCGUCAUGUACUAUAAAAUAUACAAGGAAGCUGUUCGACAGAGGGAGGCACUUAGCCGUGCGUCAAGCAGUACGGUACUUAACAACGUUCAUCUCCACAGAGUGUCAUCGAGACAUCAUUCAAGAGCUUCUCACCAGUUACUCUUGCAUCCGAAUGAUGCGAACGACUCUAGAAGACCGUCGUGUCAGACUGCCGUUGAAUUGAAUAUGGAAAAUGGUACAACGAUACGACAGCAGACGAAGAGCUGGAGGGCUGAACACAAGGCUGCAAGGACACUGGGUAUCAUAAUGGGAGCAUUCCUACUUUGCUGGCUGCCAUUUUUCAUCUGGUACCUAACAACCUCCCUGUGCGGUGACACCUGCCAAUGUCCAAACGUGGUCGUGACGAUUGUAUUUUGGAUAGGAUACUUCAACAGUGCCCUUAAUCCCUUGAUCUACGCUUACUUCAACCGAGACUUUCGUGACGCAUUCAAGGACACCUUGAAGAGUGCUCUUCCCUGCUGCUCCUCGUGUUGGAAAACAACGGAAACGUCGCAAUUCGUGUAGCCAAUAGGUCACGAGAGGUCGAGGAGGAGGGCAGCUCUCGUGGCUGUUCCAGAAUCACUGUUCAACAAAUCGCCGGUGAACGAAGCCUCAUCGCCGGUUCCGAUGACGGGCGAGUCUUCGACACUUGUGACCUUCAAAAUGGGUGAUCAGAUUGAAAACACUUGACACACGGAUGAGCUCCAGUUGAGUUUGCGAAAAAAUGAUAACGAUCCUGCUCUUUCAAUUAUUUCGGAAGAUAUUUUGGAAACGAGCUUUUAAAGAAACAACGAGUUUCUUCGGUCUCCGAGGACUUUUGGUGAGCUCACCGAAUAAAUACGAUUCUAACGACCGAGUGGCCAUUUAUGGGCUUCAACGAGAAACGUUCGAUCCUCUGGAAGCUCUCUGACCUCGGGUUGACCAAAAUCGAUAACUUCCAAAAAUAAAUCAACAGCCCCCAAAUUGCUUAUCAGUAAAUAACAGUUUUCACGAUAUCACAUUUCCAGAUCAAUUUCAUUGAUGCGGGGAUGAAUAAACGUGAAUAAAACCGAUCGGGGUGCCUGACAAUGACCACGAUAAUGAUGUCCACGUGACAAUAGAACCGAGAGACGAUAAUUGCAUUAAUGAUGUCCCAGGGAGAUGGGCGAAAUUGAAUUCUUUUUAAUUGCGUUUAAAGACUGACGUUUUCAUUUCUAUCAUAUGUAUUAAAUAUACAGGUAGUUGGUAAUUUUUUAUUGAGAUUAAUCCGAUUGUUGGUAUAUCGAUGAAUUGAGGUCGACGCAGGAAACAAAUUAAAUGAGAUUCAUAGUUUUCGUUGAAUUUUCAUUUUCAGUGUAAUUCAAAGUUUUUCAUUUUUCAUAUCUUUAAAUACUUUUAUUCAAUUAUCAUUUUUUUCGAGAUUCGAGAAUAACCAGCCGGCGACUGUUCAUCAAUAAACUUCGCGUACCUAAUAUCGCAGAGACAAAGUCAGAAGACAACGGAAUGCGGAGAAGAGAAUAAAUUAGUACCUCACUUUGUCGAAAAAUAAUUUUACAAUGCUGUAAAUAAAAUAUUGCCACUGAUGUGUAGAUGAAAAUAAUAUAAAAAAGCAAACAAAUGCAAUUGACGUGCGUUCGAGUAGCCGUGAGUUCUUGUAAAUAUUAGAGUGAUGCGUCUAAGAUUUUCAACGAAAGUGAAAUAACUGAGCCUACGUUUAGAUUACAAAAGUCAAAUAAAAUAAUGAUAACAAACUGGAUUAAAGAGAUUCGAAAAUGAGGACACAACUGGAAUUAAAGUGGCACUGUUGAUAAAGCACUAAACUCAUAAAGCAGAAUAAGUGUUGAAUUCGCCUAACGUGCAUAAUACUCAUGUCACUUUUUUUCUUAUGAAACAUGAAAAUACAAAAAAAAGUCAACGCUAUCGAGCAAAAAAACGGUUCGACAAAUGAGGGGGUGAUUCCAGAUGUACCGCAUAACAAUGCCUUCUUGAAUCUUGUGUGCAAAAUAUAUAUAUAUAUAUAAAAAAAAAAAAAACAAAAAACAAAACGUUAAAGAAUUUAAAUGUAAUUUUUUUUACUUACUUUUGGCAGCUGAUUUUGGCAAUUUUUUUGCGAUUACUGAGAUCGUGUGGUCGUUAGACGAAAUAGAAAGAGAGAAAGGAAUACGAAAAAGUAUAUUGGGAGCGAAGAAGUCGUUGAAGGUCAAUGAAUUGUAUAAAAAUGUAUCAUAGCAAUAAUAAUCCAGAGGGUUGUAAAUAAUAGCUGUUAACGAUGACGAUGAAAAUGGAGAGACAAUGGACGGAACAAUGUUGGAGAAUAAAUAAAAUAAUGUAACACCCACA